AUGGACCCUUGUCUCCACCCGUCGCACUUCUAUACCCAUGGGGCGUAUCUCCCGCAUGGUACCGGCCCUGGACCAUAUCGAAGGCUGAUUCCCCAAUUCAGCUACAGCACUACGCCUCUGCACAGUGACAUCCGCCCAGCGGUUCCGCUGAGCUGGGUAACUGACGAUUUCCCUAAUGAAGGACGACCGCCACCUUUAGGAUUUAGUUGGGAGGAACGGACAGACGAACGAUUGCAGUGGCGGGGAAGUAACACGGGAAUUUGGCAUGCGGCUGACGGGAGGUGGAGAGAAGCACAUCGAAUUCGGCUCGCUGCAUUGGCGGGUGGUUUUGGGGGAGCCAAUACAAGCGUGUUGAUGCCUCUGAAAGAUGAGGAAGAAGUUUCGCCUGUUGGCCCGCCGGAAGAGGUUCCACGUGCUCGUUUUCUGAAUGCGUUGCUGGAUGUGGCAUUUGCGGGCCGCCCUCUGAACUGCGAGCCAAAGGAAUGCGCGAAGUUGGAGGAGAUGUUCGAAUGGAGGGCAGCUCAUGAUCUCAAGAAGGCUGCCCACUAUCCUCGACGUGGAUGGGAAUGGCUGGUCUAGUCGCUUCAAGCGUCUCAUGAACUCUGGGUCUCUGAUAUUCAAGGCGAGCGGCUAUCCGGAAUGGUUCACCGAUCGAUUGGCGCCAUGGGUACAUUUUAUUCCAAUCCAAAACUCGUUCAGCGACCUGCUCGACGCACUUGUGUUCUUUCGUGGGGAUCCAAGCGGUCAAGGUGCCCAUGAUGUCAUGGCCCGACGUAUUGCCGAAGCAGGGCGGGAAUGGAGUAGGAAGUUUUGGCGGAAGGAAGACUUGGUGGCUUAUAACUAUAGAUUGUUCCUGGAGUAUGGACGCGUUAUGAGUUCAAAUCGGGAGGAAAUGUCGUUUAUAAUGUGGGAGGAUGACCAAGAAGACGAAACACGGGAGCAAGAGCUAUCCCACGGAAAUCGCUAUGAAGUUUGGUCGAAAAAUCAGCGUAAGGGCUCGGUGUCUUCUUCCGCCACCUGCCUCAUCACUAUGUCAUCGACGGACUUGGACAACGAAUGGCGCCCAUUCUAUCUUGAUUACAACCUUUUGAAGCGCGAGCUCAAGGCUCGCACGACAGGGCAUGGCUGGAGGUCCAAGGACGAGAAGGAGUUUACUCUACUGCUCGAGAAGGAGCUCGACAAGAUCCACGACUUCCAAAAAGCAAAGACCACCGAGCUCGCUCACCGCAUUCGCGAAGCAGAGAAGGACGUGAAACGGCUGGUGAACGAGGAGCGCAUAUUUGAGGAGAAUGCGCUGAGGAGUCCGCGACAUCACCGGAUGCGUUCGCCAAGCAGCCCUGACCCAGAGACCCAGUUGGAGGACAGUCUUGGCCUUGACGGUGGCUCUGAUGACGAUACUGACUCCGACGAGGAUGUCUCCUCAAUGGGCGCCGACUCACUCGAUGCCCUGGAGGCCCGUUUCCAUGGGCUGGAGGAGGAGGUCGCGAAUCUCGUUGCAGACGUUCACGACUUGGCGUUAUAUACCAAGCUCAACAUCACGGGGUUCAUGAAGAUUUUGAAGGUUCGCAUUGUCUUGGUUUUCCUACAAGCUCGGUCUCAGUAUCUCUUUCUCAGAAACACGACGUUGGUGCUCGCCUGCUUUAUUUUUCAGAAUAAUGACUUUAGAGGACAGAAACUAACGGGAUUAUCUCUCAAGUCCACCUUCGUCCAGGACUACCUCGAAAAGCGAGCGUUUUACAAGUACAACUGGGACGCGCUUAUCGUCAAGCUCUCCAAGUUGUAUGAUUUAGUGAGGACAAGAGGCCAUCCUGUCCAGGGCGACUCGAGUGCUGGCGGGAGCCAGAGUGCUUUUGUGCGACAGACGACGAAAUAUUGGGUGCAUCCAGACAACCUCGUGCCGCUCAAGCUUGCAAUUCUGCGUCACCUGCCUGUCCUCGUGUUCAAUGCCGAGAAGGAGUUCGACCCCAAGGACGCUGCUAUUACGUCAAUAUAUUUCGAUAACGAGGACCUCGAGCUGUACCUUGGUCGUUUGGAGAAGACUGAAGGUGCAGAAGCUAUUCGUUUACGGUGGUAUGGCGACAUGGGCGUCAGAACGAUAUUCGUGGAGCGGAAAACCCAUCGAGAGGAUUGGACGGGUGAAAAGUCUGUGAAAGCCCGGUUCCCAAUCAAGGAGCAUCUCGUCAAUGCAUUCUUGAGAGGCGAGUACACCGUUGACGAAGAGUUUCAACAACUAGUCACCAAGGGCAAAAAGACGCGACAAGAGGUGGAUUCCAUGAUUCAGCUGGCGAACGAGGUCCAGUAUGCUGUUCUGUCAAGAAAGUUACAACCUGUCAUGCGUUCUUUCUACAACCGGACAGCAUUCCAACUUCCUGGUGAUGCUCGAGUCCGGAUAUCGCUCGACACAGAGUUGACGAUGGUGCGCGAGGACAAUUGGGAUGGGCGGAGUCGAGCGGGUGAUAACUGGCGGAGAACGGAUAUUGGAAUUGACUAUCCAUUUGAGCAGUUGCCGGCAGACGACAAAGAACAGUUCAAAUAUGGCGUUCUCGAAGUCAAGCUGCAAACACAGUUUGGCCAAGAGCCUCCGGAAUGGGUGAUGGAGUUGGUGCAGUCGCAUCUUGUUGAAGCUGUCCCAAAGUUCAGCAAGUUUAUUCAUGGAUGUGCUACGCUUUUACCUAACCGCGUCGAUCUCGUUCCGUUCUGGCUACCUCAGAUGGACAUUGACAUCUUGAAACCCGAUACGGGUUACCUGAGUGUUAUCGAGCGACCACCGCAUACACCAUCAGCCGAGCGAGAAGAGGAUGAUGAUGCUGACCGCCAACCGGCUUAUGACGAAGACAAGCGGACGGGGUUGAGUGGGAAAGAGGUUGCCGAGGCGAUUGCGUUCAGGGAAGAAAUGCUCAAGGCGAAAGGCAAGGCUCCUGCCAACCACGAAACCAACGGUGGCGACAUCAAACCUCCCAGUCCACGCAAGGGCCUCGCUAUACCGCCUAAACCGCGAGCCUUGUCGAUUGACCCACUUGCACCAUCAUUGGCGUUCGACGAGACAUUGCGGGAUCGUCUGAAGGGCGAGAGGCGGGCACAGAAACGGAGAGAAGAAGAACAGUCGACUGAGACAUUGCGGGAGGACCAGGAAGAGCGAGAUGAGGAUGACCCGCUUCUACCGCGACCACGGGAUGACGAGCGACGAGUGUCACGGGAUGUCCAUGCCCCACCAGGCAAACGAAUAUCUGUCCCAAUACGCAUCGAACCCAAGGUAUACUUUGCUGCCGAGCGGACGUUCUUGAAAUGGCUGCAUAAUGCUGUAUUUAUUGGCACAAUUGCAACUACGCUGCUCAACUUUACCGAACCCAGCGACACGUAUGGUCUGAUUAGCGCUGCGCUGUUUACUCUUGCAGCCCUCCUGGCCAUUGCGUAUUCCGCCGCAAUAUUUGUUUACCGGGCGCACCGUCUACGCGCUCGGAGGGCAGAGGGCUUGUACUAUGACAAGUAUGGGCCGACCGUUUUGUGUGUUGUUCUGUUUCUGGCUAUGGCGGCCAAUGUUGGGAUGCGUGUGGCGGAGAUGGUGGACGAUGCUUCAGACUAG